AUGGGGACUCGCGACUUCAACGCUACCCAGCGCCCUCGACUUUUGUACUGGGGGAGUGAUGAGUGGACCCUGUCUCAUCAGUGGUACGGCAGACAUGUCGACAUUGAUGCCUCCGCUUACAUCUGCCAACACUACUUGGACAGCCAUAGCAACAACCAACUCGAGUUCGGCGUCUACUGCAUCUUUGCCCUGGUGUACAGGCAGAGUAAUGGAGGGCCCUUGUAUUGUGAGUGGCUCUGGGGGCUUUUCCACGUCGUUGAUGUCUCCGCUGGAAGGGUCAAGCUCGAGCGCUGGGCUUGUCACUACCAACACUACCAUCAGCGACAAGCCACCUGCCAGUACAUCGGUUGCGGAAGCAGAGCCCAUCUGUACAGGAGGAGAGAUGAGCGGUCCUUGCGUUGUGAGCGGCUCUGUGGCAGCCUCGACGCGCCCGCCGACAUCAACGUCUCCCACGCUCAAUUCAACAGCAGCUACGACAGCUGGUCCUACUACGUCUACGGACAGUCUUCCAGCCCCAUCAUCAGGCUUGCCUUCUGA